AUGGGCCGCUACCGCAUCCUCGUGGCCACCGGGGCCUCGCUCUUCGCCGGCUCGCACAACCGCGUGCAGCUGUGGCUGGUCGGGGCGCGCGGGGAAACGGAGCUGGAGCUGCAGCUGCGGCCGGUGCGGGGCCAGAAGGAGGAGUUUGAGCACGAAGUUCCGGGGGACCUGGGGCCUUUGCAGUUCGUGAAGUUGCGCAAACACCACUCCCUGGUGGACGACGCGUGGUUCUGCGACCGCAUCACGGUGCAGGGCCCUGGAGCCUGCGAGGAGGCCGCGUUCCCGUGCUAUCGCUGGGUGCAGGGUGACGGCGUGCUGUGCCUGCCAGAGGCCACCGCCCGCCUGGCAGGAAACAAUGCAUUGGAUGUGUUCCAGAGACAUCGAGAGAAGGAGCUGAAAGAAAGACAUAAGAUAUACCGGUGGGCCACCUGGAAGGAAGGGUUACCCCUGACAAUAGCUGCAGGCUGUGAGGACGAUCUACCUGCAAAUAUGAGAUUCCAUGAGGAGAAGAGGCUGGACUUUGAGUGGACACUGAAGGCAGGGGCUCUGGAGAUGGUCCUCAAACGUGUUUACACCCUCCUGAGCUCCUGGACCAGUCUGGAGGAUUUUGAUCUCAUCUUCUGGGGCCAGAAGAGCCCCCUGGCUGAGAAGGUUCACCAGCGCUGGCAGGACGAUGAGUUGUUUGGCUACCAGUUUCUCAAUGGCGCCAACCCCAUGCUGUUGAGACGCUGCACCUCUCUGCCUUCCCGGCUGGUGCUGCCCUCGGGGAUGGAGGAGCUACGGGCCCAGCUGGAGAGAGAACUCCAGAACGGUUCCCUGUUUGAGGCUGAUUUCAUCCUCCUGGACGGAAUUCCAGCCAACGUGAUCCGAGGAGAGAAGCAGUACCUGGCUGCCCCCCUCGUCAUGCUCAAGAUGGACCCCAGUGGAAAGCUGCUACCCAUGGCCAUCCAGAUCCAGCCUCCCAGCCCCAUCUCCCCAACCCCACCACUGUUCCUGCCCUCGGAUCCUCCACUCGCCUGGCUCCUGGCAAAGACCUGGGUCCGAAAUUCAGAUUUCCAACUGCAUCAGCUCCAAUACCAUUUGCUCAACACCCAUCUGCUGGCUGAGGUCAUUGCCGUGGCCACCAUGAGGUGCCUCCCAGGGCUGCACCCUGUCUUCAAGCUCCUGAUGCCACACAUCCGCUACACGAUGGAAAUCAACACCAGGGCACGGACUCAGCUCAUCUCAGAUGGAGGCAUAUUUGAUAAAGCUGUGAGCACCGGUGGAGGGGGCCAUGUGCACUUGCUCCGCCGGGCCCUGGCUCAGCUGACCUACCGCUCCCUCUGUCCUCUUGACGAUCUGGCUGAUCGCCACCUGCUGGGAACCCCAGGUGCUCUCUACGCCUGUGAUGCUUUACGGCUCUGGGAAAUCACUGCUCGGUAUGUGGAGGGGAUUGUCCACCUCUUCUACCACGGGGAUGACGUUGUAAAAGGGGACCCUGAGCUGCAAGCCUGGUGUCGGGAGAUCACUGAGGUGGGGCUGCGCCAGGCCCAGGAGCGAGGUUUCCCUGUCUCCUUCCAGUCCCAGAAUCAACUCUGCCAUUUCCUUACCAUGUGUGUCUUCACGUGCACUGCUCAGCAUGGGGCCAUCAACCAGGGCCAGCUGGACUGGUAUGCCUGGGUCCCUAAUGCCCCAUGCACAAUGCGGAUGCCCCCACCCACCACCAAGGAAGAUGUGACAAUGGCCACCGUGAUGGGCUCACUACCUGAUGUCCGACAAGCCUGUCUUCAAAUGGCCAUCACGUGGCAUCUGGGUCGCCGCCAGCCAGACAUGGUGCCUCUGGGGCAUCACAAAGAAAAGUAUUUCUCAGACCCCAAGGCCAAGUCUGUACUAAAUCAAUUCCAAACAGAUCUGGAAAACUUGGAAAGGGAAAUUACAGCCCGCAAUGAGCAACUUGACCUGCCCUAUGAAUACCUAAAGCCCAGCCACAUAGAAAACAGCGUCACUAUUUGA